CCGAGUGUGCGUAUGCCGAAGGUUCCUUCCGCUUCGCGUCUCCGUUGACUGGAGACAGGCGGAGCGCCGGCUCCCGGGUUCGGUGGCCUCUAGUGAGAUCCGGAGGAUCCAAGAAUUCUGUAACUACAAUGUUGUCAAGACUUUUCCGAAUGCACGGCCUUUUUGUGGCCUCCCAUCCUUGGGAAGUCAUAGUGGGGACAGUGACACUGACCAUCUGUAUGAUGUCCAUGAACAUGUUUACUGGUAACAAUAAGAUCUGUGGUUGGAAUUAUGAGUGCCCAAAGUUUGAAGAGGAUGUGUUAAGCAGUGACAUCAUAAUUCUGACAAUAACACGAUGCAUAGCAAUCCUGUAUAUUUACUUCCAGUUCCAGAAUUUACGUCAACUUGGAUCAAAAUAUAUUUUGGGUAUUGCUGGCCUCUUCACAAUUUUCUCAAGUUUUGUGUUCAGUACAGUUGUCAUUCAUUUCUUAGAUAAAGAAUUGACAGGCUUGAAUGAAGCUUUGCCAUUUUUCCUACUUUUGAUUGACCUUUCCAGAGCAAGUGCUCUAGCAAAGUUUGCUCUCAGUUCCAACUCACAGGAUGAAGUGCGGGAAAACAUCGCUCGUGGAAUGGCAAUUUUAGGUCCCACAUUCACCCUUGAUGCUCUUGUAGAAUGUCUGGUGAUUGGAGUUGGUACCAUGUCAGGGGUGCGUCAACUUGAAAUUAUGUGCUGCUUUGGCUGCAUGUCAGUUCUUGCCAACUACUUUGUGUUCAUGACUUUCUUCCCAGCUUGCGUUUCCUUGGUUUUAGAGCUUUCUCGGGAAAGCCGCGAGGGUCGUCCAAUUUGGCAACUGAGCCAUUUUGCUCGAGUUUUAGAAGAAGAAGAAAAUAAACCAAAUCCUGUUACUCAGAGGGUUAAGAUGAUUAUGUCUCUAGGCUUGGUUCUUGUUCAUGCCCAUAGUCGCUGGAUAGCUGAUCCUUCUCCUCAAAACAGUACGGCAGAAAAUUCUAAGGUUUCUUUAGGAUUGGAUGAAAAUGUGUCCAAGAGAAUUGAACCAAGUGUUUCCCUCUGGCAGUUUUAUCUCUCUAAAAUGAUCAGCAUGGAUAUUGAACAAGUUAUUACCCUAAGUUUAGCUCUCCUUCUGGCUGUCAAGUACAUCUUCUUUGAACAAGCUGAGACAGAAUCUACACUUUCAUUAAAAAACCCUAUCACAUCUCCUGUAGUGACUCCCAAAAAAGUCCCAGAUGAUUGUUGUAGACGUAAGCCUGUACUGGUGAGAAAUAGCCAGAAAGUCCAUGCAGCGGAGGAGGAGACAGGGAUAAACAGAGAAAGAAAAGUUGAGGUCAUAAAACCCUUAGUGGCAGAAAAUGACAGCCCAAACAGAGCUACGUUUGUGGUUGGUAACUCCUUACUUGAUACUUCACUGGAACUAGAGACACAGGAACCUGAAAUUGAACUUCCCAUGGAGCCUCGGCCUAAUGAAGAAUGUCUACAGAUACUUGGGAAUUCGGAGAAAGGUGCAAAAUUCCUUAGUGAUGCUGAGAUCAUCCAAUUAGUCAAUGCUAAGCACAUCCCAGCCUACAAAUUAGAAACUCUGAUGGAAACCCAUGAACGAGGUGUAUCUAUUCGCCGACAGUUACUUUCCAGAAAACUUCCAGAGCCUUCUUCUCUCCAGUAUCUACCGUACAGGGACUAUAAUUACUCCUUGGUGAUGGGAGCUUGUUGUGAGAACGUUAUUGGAUAUAUGCCCAUCCCUGUUGGAGUGGCAGGACCUCUAUGCUUGGAUGGAAAAGAAUUUCAGGUUCCAAUGGCAACAACAGAAGGUUGUCUGGUGGCCAGCACUAAUAGAGGCUGCAGAGCAAUAGGUCUCAGUGGAGGUGCCAGCAGUCGAAUCCUCGCAGAUGGAAUGACUCGAGGCCCCGUGGUGCGUCUUCCCCGUGCUUGUGACUCUGCGGAAGUGAAGGCCUGGCUUGAGACACCUGAAGGGUUCACAGUGAUAAAGGAGGCUUUUGACAGUACCAGCAGAUUUGCACGUCUACAGAAACUUCAUAUGAGUAUGGCUGGUCGCAAUCUUUAUAUUCGUUUCCAGUCCAGGUCAGGUGAUGCCAUGGGGAUGAACAUGAUUUCAAAGGGCACAGAGAAGGCACUUUCAAAGCUUCAUGAAUAUUUCCCUGAAAUGCAGAUUCUAGCAGUUAGCGGUAACUACUGUACUGACAAGAAACCUGCUGCUAUAAAUUGGAUAGAGGGAAGAGGGAAGUCUGUGGUUUGUGAAGCUGUCAUUCCAGCCAAGGUUGUCAGAGAAGUAUUAAAGACUACGACAGAAGCUCUGAUUGAGGUCAACAUUAGUAAGAAUCUGGUGGGCUCUGCCAUGGCCGGGAGUAUUGGAGGCUACAAUGCGCACGCGGCGAACAUUGUAACUGCCAUCUACAUUGCCUGCGGACAGGAUGCAGCACAAAAUGUUGGUAGUUCAAACUGUAUUACUUUAAUGGAAGCAAGUGGUCCCACAAAUGAAGAUUUAUAUAUCAGUUGCACCAUGCCGUCUAUAGAACUAGGAACUGUGGGUGGUGGGACCAACCUGCUCCCUCAGCAAGCCUGUUUGCAGAUGCUAGGCGUUCAAGGAGCAUGCAAAGACAAUCCUGGGGAAAAUGCCCGGCAGCUUGCCAGGAUCGUGUGUGGUACAGUAAUGGCUGGGGAACUGUCACUGAUGGCAGCGUUGGCAGCCGGACAUCUUGUCAAAAGUCACAUGAUUCACAACAGGUCAAAAAUAAAUUUACAAGACCUCCAAGGAACUUGCACUAAGAAGGCUGCUUGAAUAGCCCGGCGGCUCUGAACUGAAACAUGGGCGUUGGGUUCUAAAGGACUAACAUAAAAUCUGUGAAUUAAAAAGCUCAAUGCGGUGUUAACAUGCUGAGGAUGAAUAGACAUGAUCUGUGAGCCGACUGCUUGGUGUUUGGCUGUUUCAGAAAGGUCUGAGAUCCUUCUUUCCAUGCAGAUUUCUCAGAUCUAAAAAUAGGGUAGUACUUUACAUGCUGUGCUCUCUGGAAGGAUCUCAACAUGAACACCAUGCUUUAAAGCGUCCACAGAUGGUAAUCUACAGCUCACUUCUGAAAGAGAAUACAGGAUGGAAAAAAGUGUUUUAUUUUGAUGAAAUCCAUGGAGUUCGUGAUGAUCAGUGUGAGAUUGACCCUCUCCAUCCUCCCUUCCCCUCUGGUUGAAAAUGGAUUUUUAAAUUAUACUCUAGCUGACAAACUGAUUUCAUAGUUAAUUUAUUAAGUCUGGGUUAUAGGACUUUAAGAGAUAAGAGCUAAGUUUAUUUUUUUGUAAACUAAUACUUCAUUUGGUGCUGGUCUAUUUUGAUUUUUUGGGGGGUAGCCAUUGUGAUUCUUCAGGAGGGGACUUCCUUUCUUCAAGGGAAGAAUUACUCUUAUUCCCCAACUACUGAAUUAUGUGCUAAGCAGUGCUAAAUCGUUCUCUGUCAAGAAAACAAAUCACUGCAUUAAUCUCUGCAGACUGUUCAGAGAGGCCUUUUGUUUAAGUAUAAAUGUCUAGAUUGCUAGAACGUAUCUUCUAGCAUAAGGCUUUAAGGGACAGAGUUUUGCAUUCUUUGUUAAAGAUACAAGAGCUUUUAAUAUCGCCUAGACAAAGGUGACUCUCUUCCUCAAGAACGUGUAAGUCUGUGACCUCUCAGAGCUCAGAGGGUGGAAAACACAGGUUUGAAAGAAAAAUACCAUUUCUCUAAGCCAACUUUAAUUACUUAAAAGACAAUUGAAUUUAUUUAGCGGAAAAAUCUAGGUGGGUUUUUGUAAAGAACUGUAUCAAAUCUGUAUAUGUUGUAAUAAAGCUUCUUCUGCUAGGAGUUUAUUGAAAGUGUUAAAGAAAUAAAUAAAAAUCAACUUGUAUACUGAUAAAACAUUCUAAGCUUGGGCCAGAGAAGAUAGUUUUCUUUAAUGUUGUCCAGGAAACCCUGGCUUGCUCGUGGAGCCCAUUGAAAGGGAAAUCAGCUUUCAGAGCCAGUGAAGGUGCCACGUGAAUGGCCCUGGAGGAGUGUGCUUCGUUCCUGCGGCUAGGAGGUUGGAGACUGAAACAUUCACACAGGGCUCUUUGAUAGACCCAUAAAAGCUCUUAGCUUCCUCAGGGGGGUCAGCAGAGUUGUUGAAUCAUAAUUUUUUUUUCAAUGUACAAGUUUUGUAUAAAUAAUAAAGAACUCCUUAUUUUAUAUUACAUCUAAUGCUUCAAGUAUUGGUCUUGGAGAGAGAAGAUGGACUCUGAAGAACAUUCCAGUAAUGCCAUGGCAGCAUGUAGAGCCUCUGAGUGAUUGUGUCUGCAGUACUGUUGUGGAGGAUUGACCUUUGCUGUUGUAUGUAAAGUUUAAAUUGCUUCUGUUGUGACUUUCAGCCAGGGACUUCUUAUUUAUCUGAACUUUUCAUGGAAGUGGCAGUGAAGUGUGAGUCUUCAUUCUGGUGACUGUAACCAAUAUUGUCUUGCUAAAUUAAUGUUUUGUACAAUUACUAAAUUGUAUACAUUUUGUUAUACUUUUUGCUCAGUUCCAGUAAAUUAUGAAAAGGAAGUUAAUGCUGUUCAGUGUAAGCAGUAACCUUUUUUUUGUUGUUUGGAUUAACCCUUGGCCUGAGGCCCAGGAAGCUUGAAAUCAAGUCUGGCCAGAGUGGUAAUCUAAUAACUCCUGCUAAGUGUCCUGUGACCAUUUAUCAUUUUCCGUUAUAUGCUCCAAUUCCUACAACAUUAAUGGCAGGCUAGUGUUGU